AUGACGUUUGUUGGUCCAAUCUCUUAUACAUGCAUUUCAUAUUCUUUUCUGACGGAUCGAAUACUUGAAAAAUGCUCAGCGUUGUUUAAUAACAACUACGGCAUCUGGGCUAAUGAUGCUCCUCUUCAUAGCAACAACGCAUUAAAAGCCGGAUCUCGUGUUAAACUUGGAAUCAAACGUCUUCGUGAGUUCUUGCUCUUCAAUGAUCACUGUUUUCUUGUUGUUGCAGAAAUUCGUUCAUCGGAUAUUGAUCAGUUUGAAUUGAUUGGUCAUGCCUUCUGCACAUAUGCCAAAUAUGAUCCAUUAAAUGGCAAUGCUGUUUGGAUUACUCAAUUAGUGGUUGAUUCUUCUUACCGACGUCGAGGUGUAGCUGGAACUCUACUUUCUAUGGCUACGAACAACGUCGAAGAUGUUGUCAUCGCUGGACUUGUAUCUUCACAUCCUUAUGCUAUAAUGAGCCUCUGCAAUGCUUGCAAUCGUAUACCAAUCAAUUUGAAAUUCAUUGCUGAUCAUGCAGAAAACGUCAUUCGAGUAUGCAACAUUCCUUAUGUUUCACAUACUCAAAUUGUUGGUUCCAUUUUCGACAAGCAACCUCCUCUCGCUGUCGAUAUUAAUCAACAACCAAUUUCACUGGUCAACACAGAUUUUUUCGUUGAUCAUAAGGAACUUUUAGUAAUACUUAAAACUAUUAGCAAGAAAUGGCUUCUCGGACCUCUUCUGGAUGGUCACGAGCUUUUAAUUGUGUUGCCAACCACCUCUGUUCGUCAUUCAAGAACUACGUCGAACGGAUCUUCAUGUAAUAUUUCACCAUAA